GGAACCGGGGCGGAGGACCUCGGUAUCAUCUCUACAAAAAUCAUGGAGCUCAGGACCUUAGAAACAAAUUACAGGGGCGAAGGCAUAGAUCUGGACGCACAGCAAGAGGACACUACAGGGGACGGGGACAGUGUGGGAUGGACGGCAAAGUCUCCAGACCUGAUCAUGUCAUAACCUCAAUGGAGAUGGCCAACACAAGUCAUGGUGGCUCGGUGAAGAAGGAAGCCCAUGAUGACCAAAUGGAUGCGAGGACUGAAUUGUUGAAGAUGGUUAUGAAGAACCUGCAUCCCUUGCACUUGGUUGACAAUGCUGCUUUGAAAGCUUUGGUCAAAGCACUGAAUCCAGGUGAUCCAGUGCCUUGUGACAGCUCUGAGGCUCAAACACAACUCCGAAACAUGUAUGAAAUCAAAAGGUCAGAAGUUAAAAACGCCUUAGGUUCUGCAGAGAGUGUUGUAUUGACAGUUGAGAAGUGGAACCUUCAAUCAUCAGAGACCUACCUGACACUUCGCUGCCACUGUAUUGACACGAAGACAUGGGCACGCAAAUGCUUCGUCCUUGAAACCACACGUUUGGUGGAGGGCCAUAGCGCCGACAGUGUUGUAGCCGAGGCUGCGAGCAGGUGGGGCAUCGAAACAAAGAUGUCUGUUGUUGUCUCCAAUAUGGCAGACAUGAAGGACAUCUCUCUGAAAAAGUGGCAUGAGAUCCCUUGUUUCGACCACAUACUUGACGCCACAUUUGAGAGUGCAGCCCACUCUGUUUGGGGAGACAAGUGGCACAGGCUUUUGAAGAAGUGCACCAAUAUUGUGGACUUUAUAAGUGGCAGUCAAGAAAGAGCACAGAAAUUUAAGGAGCAAUGGUCGGGGAGGUGUAGGCCUAAGUUGGUUGAAUUCCCACAACGCUGGUUUAUGGAUAAAAAGUGGCCAGUGACCUUAAGCAUGUUAGAGUGGAUCUUGGAUCACAAAACUGGCAUUGACAAACUCCUUCUUGAUGAGACCAAUUCUGAGCUAUGGAUUACACCAGUGGAUAUGACAAUGAUUGAGGAUGCACUCUCCACGUUGACACUGUUCAGAAAUUCUGUACAGGAACUAGGGAAAGGAUUUCGUCCCCUGUCAGAAAUCAUCCCCUUUCUGGUGGAAAUGCAUGAAAAAAUCACAGAGGACAGCAGUGUGUUAAAGGUGGAACUUGCCAAAAAAUGCGAGAAACACAUCUUGAACAUCAAACAGAGCAAAUGGUUAAAGUUCAGCACAAUUCUGGACCCACGAUUCCAGCUAUCAUUUGCUGACCAACCCGAGAGCACGAAAGCUGAAAUGGUGGUUGAAUUGAUGAAGAUUGGCACUGUUGGAUCUGCUACAAGAGCCUCUGUGCCUCAACCAGAAGGUAGAUCAGUCUUAGAAAGGUACUUGGAACAGGAACCUCUUCAAAGAGACAAGAACCCACUGGAGUUCUGGAGAGAUCAGAAGAACCUCAGUGGUAUGGCCCCAAUGGCUCAGAAGUAUCUCACGGUGGUCUCUACAGCUCUUCCCCUCGAUCGUGCCUUUGGGCCAGAGCUCUACAAAAGGCAAAUUAUGCUGGAACCAGGAGAUCUUCACAUGAUGCUGUUUCUACAGGGCAACCUUACCCAACCUUAAGAUUCAGCCAGAGAUGACUUGAGUACCCAAG